AUCUAUUCUGCUGAGGGCACGCGAGAGGAGGGUGUAGGGAACGGGAAGGGAAGAAUAUGAAGCUGUCAUCUGGCUUGGCAUGCCGGCGCGAGUUCAAGCCAACAACGCUCCGAGCUCCAUGUCCGUGCCGCGGCACAACUCAAUUCAAGUCAAUCGUAAGCGCGCGCUCGGGCGAGCUGCACGUACUCCGACCGACGCGACACCCCGCACUAACUAACCACCGGACUUUACGUCGCAGCCAAAACAAUAAUACUAAAUGAAACUGUGCACAAUAGUUCUUUACCAGUGACUAACGCUUAACUAAACUCUCGAAAACAGUGAUAAAUGUUGUGGAACAUCGUUGAAGUUAACAAAACACGGAGUUCUAAACUUUCCAACGAACGAGCCAUGUGACUACGGCGGGAACGAGUAAUAGCUGUAAUGUGGCUGCUAGCAGCUCUGCUAGCAGCCUGUGCUGCGGGCGCAGUGAGCACGCCGUGCUUCGAGGCUCGCACGCGCUGCGCCUACCGCACGGGCUGUGGCGCCGCGCUGAACAACUACAUGAUCCUGUGCAAUGACGUGCUGUCUGAACCGACGAGCGUGUGUCCCAAGCCGUGUGAGCAUGCGCUUAUAGCGCUCAUGUCUACCGAGGAGGGGAAGGAGCUGAUGAAGUGCGAGUGUGAAGACGAGUAUUGCCUGGAGGCAAAGUCACGGAUCGACGUCUGUCGGCCUUCGGUUCUUCGCGGAGCCGCGAAUGUGACGAGUUCGUGUCGUUUGUCACAGCUAAUCUGCACGGCUGAUGCCCAGUGCGCCACUGCACUCGGGUACUACCAUCGCCUGUGCCGCGCAAUGUACCGCGGCAGAAAAUGUUCCCACAAAUGCCUAAAUGCCAUAGAAAUUUUAAGAAAACAGGAGAAAGCAGCGCCUCUGACAGGAUGUAAAUGUGAUGGCAAUGAGGAUUACGACUGUCCGAGGAUGCAAAAUAACUUAGCGAGGCUUUGCUUCCACAAGAAGCUAGACCCCAUCGAAGAAAAACGCAAAACAACAAUGCCACCACAAGUGGUUCAAGUAGGAAGCAGUUCUAUCGCCACUGUUUCAAAACGGCUGCUAGUAUUAUUAACAUUUUUCAGUUCAAAAUUCUAUACGUGAUAGUUUUAUAAUGGGUCUACCUCAAGCAUUAGGUCUAAUUUAAUUCUAAGGCUGGAGCAGCAAUUGCAUUGAAGUACAACUUUUGUAAAUAUGUAAAUGAGAAUAGUAUAAGUACUAAGGUGUAAUAAAUAGAGCCUUGUAGGUAAGUGAGGGAAGGCAAGGGGUAAGAGAGAUAGAUGGCAAGAUACCUAAAUAAAAUGGGAUUGUUUUUCUUGAAAUAUGGUUUUUAGUGUGUACGUGUUAUGCUGGUUUAGGUACCACUAGACUCGGCUACACUCAUGUAUAAUUUUUGUUGUCACUUUGUAAGUAUAAUACGUAUCAAUUCGCAAAAAUAAACAACUUUGAAUUCAAAUCAAGUAUGAUUCGACUUAGGUAAUUAGGUGCAUUCUCAGUUUUAUUACGCACACUUAUCAGACUCAGUAUUAGCACCAUAUUUUGCACCAUCUUCAUUGAAAUUAAAACUAUACUGCUACAGUAUCUGAAAGCGCUCUUUGGUUAUGUUAAAUCACAAAGGUGUUGUAAAUCAGCUUCGUACCUAUUUAUAAAGAAAUCUCAAACUCCAUCUGUUGAUACGGUGUUAAAUCUUAGGCCAACGCACGCGCAUAAUGCAGGCAAUCUUGCAUGAUAGAGGAUAGCCGCGCCGCCCACAGCACGCAUGCGUCGCGCGGGCGUCGCUAUAAAUACGGCAGCGCCGGUGGUCCGGUGACAAAUGCUAGGCUGUUCCCGCCGCGGCGCCACGACGAUUGAUCUAACGUCCCGGUAUCAUUUGCUGUCAAACACACGAAUUUACAAGUCAUCGUUUCAAUCUGUCCCUGUUCAUCGCAUGUGUUCCGACAUACGUUUGAAAGAAACGGAAGUGUUUUUGAGGUCGUUUGGGUAAGGGAAGUGGAUGUUCUAAUAACAUAGUCGUAGCUAAUUCCAGUGUGACACUAAUCGUUUGUCCUGAUGUAGGGCGGUAGAUUCUGUAAAAAUAUGUUAGUAGGGAUUCCAAUGUCCCAUUAGCAUACCAUGUUGUUAAUAUUGUCUUUGAUCGACAUUUUUCGCUUAUUAAUCUGGGAGAGCAGGUUUUAUUAUUGGUACUUCAUGUCAAAAGUAAAUACAUAAGUUUCUGUAAACAUUUCAUUUUUGGUACAAGUUUUUUUCGUUGACUGUACUUAUCUUGCCACGGGCAACUAAUACUCAUCGAGACAAUUCUAAAAACCCCAAACAACUACGUUGCUUUGUUUCAUCUCAGAGUUCCUAUGACCACUUCCUGUCUCCAUCAUCAGAUCAGCUCGAUGGUAUCAUAAUAUUGUAUUGUAACCCGACUUUCAUAUGUAUGCAUAUUUUCAGUAAAAUUAGAUAUAAGAAAGUGGUUGAAAAAUGGUUUGCACGAUUUGAAAAAAAGUUAGAUACACACCAAGAACAUGUCAAGUUAAAUAAAAACUUGUAAAAACAGCAUAUGAGUUUAAAGCCCGACCAGAAAUAUAUAAUCAUUGUCAAGUGGGCGCUAUUAUUCUCAUGUAUAAAGUGACAGUUUAGUUUAGUAUGAAAAAUUUAGUUCCAAUGAAAUUCCGCAAUAUGGCGCGUGAUCAUAUAUUACUGGUCAGGCUUUACAUAAUCUACCGCUACUAUUAACCGCUUUGUAAAGGUACAUGGUAGGUAAUACGUUUUCUACUCAGUUUCGUGUAUCAAGAGCUUGCUGUAGCCGUGUCCCUCUUGCUCAAUUUAAACCGAACGGUUUAACCGAGGUCCCUUAGUAAUGAAGAGGUUGGAACCGGUUUGGUCCAAGCGCCUAUUCCGAGAGCUCACCAAAACAAGAGCACAGCAGAUCUGUUUUGCACCAGUACGAGUACAAAGACAUUAAGAUCCGUUAACGUUAUUCGAAAGGGCAAGAGCUUUUUAUAAAAAAACCACAACGUACGUGCUUUUAUGUAAACAAAUAAUUUGUCUAUAUCACCUAUACCAACGUGCCAUUCACAUCGUUCCGUUUAUUGUUUAUCCUUGCUUGAUAUGCCCUUAUUUAUCUAUCAUAUUUCCACGUUCUUGUACGUAGAACUUCCAUAAAAUCUUGGAUAGAGUUCUUGAUAAAAGUACCUACAAUGUUGUUUAGUAUGCGUAUCGCAAUUGUAUACUAAUGUUUCGUCGCCAAUCAUGUCAUUCUUUAUGCAUAAUGAAUCGACUUGAUGUCCGGCAUACGAUGAACACUUACUUAUUUUCGCAUUACGGGAUAUCGUUGGAGAUUGGCGUGCGAAAGUAUUCUACAGUGCAAAUCUUUUAUAAAGUAGGUAUAGUAAUUUAUUGUCCAUUCAGCGAACUGGUGUGGUAUUUCAGUACCUAUCUGUACAUUUUAAUUCGUAUUUUUUAUUUAUUGACAAUAACAAUAUACAUAAUGGAUAUAUACAGAUGAUUACUAUAACUAGCUUAUAUCUAAAAUAGGCCCUUGAGGCAUUGUACCAAGGAUGCUGGCGGCAUUUCCUCGUUGUAUCGUAAUACUGAUACGUUGUAUUUUUUUUAUAUUUUGAUAAUACAAGGAUUUCUGAAUAUUUUGAAUAAUUGGGUCAUACACAUUUUAUAGCAAACUCGUUCGCGUCUUUUCUGUAGACAUUGCAAAUUUAAGGGAAUCUAUAGCAAAUUUUUACGCUGCACCUUUACAGGUGGGAUAAAUUUUUUCAGUACUUGAGACUAAGAAAAACGGGAUAUAUAUGUACCAGAGUCAUUAACUUGUAUUGUAUUUGGACAUUUUUCUAAAAAGUGUUCCAAUUUAUUGGCAUCUUUUCUGUAGACAUCGCUUUGGCAUUUUUUCAGUAGGUGCUUAAAACUCAAAUAAGAAAAACGGGAUAUCUAUGUAUCAGAGUCGGUAACGUCUAUUGUAUUGUCCACAGAAAUGACCUUUUUCUAACACAUAAAAGCAGAAACAGCCAUUGUAUCUUAUUCUCGCGCUCCAAUUCCAAAUUCAAACCGGGUUUUCAAUGGUUGUUAUGGCUUUCUAUUUCCAAAAUGAAAGUUUCCUGCGAAAUAUUCCUGAAAUUUCCGAGAACAUUGCAAACUUUUUGGUAACUUUCCGUAACGUUACAGUCAUCAUAUGUACAUUUUACUGUAUACUUAGUUGCAAAAUCAGAUUUUUUCACAGCAAUAAAUUAUAACUUUUUUGUAUUGUAGUAUUUAUAAAAAUAAGGCAAACUCGUAGAGGCAGUUUUGUGUGAGUGUGCGUGGGUUGAUGUGCAAGAAAUAAGUUUAGUACAUAUUAACUUUAAUUCCUUGGGAUUCUGUGUGACUGCAGUGAAGUAGGUAUAGAAUAGAUUGUUCUUAAAUGAAUAUUCAUAAAUAUAAUACCGAUUAACCACAGUUUACCAAAGUGAGAUUAUUAGCAUAGUGUGUAGAGAAAAGUAAUGUAAUUAGUAAUUUAUACAUUUCAUUACAUGUCAGUAAUUAUUGUAAAACGUACAAAGUUUUUGGAAUUACUAAUAUGAAUAAUUAAUAAUUUAUUGAAUUAGAGUUAGUUAGUGAUGUAAUUAGUUAGUAAAAAUUGUUGCAUUUGUUCGUUUUGUAAAAUUAUAUUAAGGAUUUAUAUGUAUUUAUUUUAUUGUACUGAAAUAAAAAUUGUUUUCUUUA